GUCACCGCCGAACGACUGUCGCGGCGUUGGCGGCAGUGGUGAGCACAAACCGAGCGGCAGCUCUUUGAGAGGCAGCACAGAGUUGUCUUCUCUGUGGGGAGCAGCAGCCUGCGGUGGCGACGACCCCUCGCUCCGAGUCUUUGAGGGACCCCACGGCGAAGGCAGCUGUCGCUGAAGGCGAGGCUGGGGAUCCCGGCGGUGGCGGCGGCGCGGUGGCAGGCAGGCUCCAAAAACGGGAUGCGCGGCCGCGCGGGCAGUUGGCAGCUCCUGUUCGAGUGCUCCUGAAGGGGCGAUGCUACCGUUCGCUCCUCAAGACGAGCCCUGGGACCAAGAAAUGGAGGUGUUUGGCGGCAGCGCAAGCAGCGGCGAGGUGAAUGGUCUUAAAAUGGUUGAUGAGCCAAUGGAAGAGGGAGAAGCAGAUUCUUGCCAAGAUGAAGGAGUUGUUAAAGAAAUCCCUAUUACUCAUCAUGUUAAGGAAGGAUAUGAGAAAGCAGAUCCUGCACAAUUUGAGUUGCUCAAAGUUCUUGGUCAGGGAUCCUUUGGAAAGGUAUUUCUCGUUAGAAAGAAGACCGGUCCUGAUGCUGGACAACUCUAUGCAAUGAAGGUGUUAAAAAAAGCUUCUUUAAAAGUUCGAGACAGAAUUCGGACAAAGAUGGAGAGGGAUAUACUGGUGGAAGUAAAUCAUCCAUUUAUUGUCAAAUUGCACUAUGCCUUUCAGACUGAAGGGAAGCUGUAUUUAAUAUUGGAUUUUCUCAGGGGAGGAGAUGUCUUCACAAGAUUAUCCAAAGAGGUUCUGUUUACAGAGGAAGAUGUGAAAUUCUACCUUGCAGAACUAGCCCUUGCUUUGGAUCAUCUGCAUCGAUUAGGAAUUGUAUAUAGAGACCUGAAGCCAGAAAACAUUUUGCUUGAUGAAAUAGGACAUAUCAAGUUAACAGAUUUUGGACUCAGCAAGGAAUCAGUAGAUCAAGAGAAGAAGGCCUACUCAUUUUGUGGUACAGUGGAGUAUAUGGCUCCUGAAGUAGUAAAUAGGAGAGGUCAUUCCCAGAGUGCUGAUUGGUGGUCAUAUGGUGUACUUAUGUUUGAAAUGCUUACUGGUACUCUGCCGUUUCAAGGUAAAGACAGAAAUGAGACCAUGAAUAUGAUAUUAAAAGCAAAACUUGGAAUGCCUCAGUUUCUUAGUGCUGAAGCACAAAGUCUUCUAAGGAUGCUAUUCAAAAGGAAUCCAGCAAAUAGAUUGGGUUCAGAAGGAGUUGAUGAAAUCAAAAGACAUCUUUUUUUUGCAAAUAUUGACUGGAAUAAAUUAUAUAAAAGAGAAGUCCAGCCUCCCUUCAAACCUGCUUCUGGAAAACCAGAUGAUGCUUUUUGUUUUGAUCCUGAAUUUACUGCAAAAACACCUAAAGAUUCUCCUGGUUUGCCAGCCAGUGCUAAUGCUCAUCAACUCUUCAAAGGAUUCAGCUUUGUUGCAACUUCUAUUGCAGAAGAAUAUAAAAUCACUCCUAUCACCAGUGCAAAUGUGUUACCAAUUGUUCAGAUAAAUGGAAAUGCUGCACAGUUUGGUGAAGUGUAUGAAUUGAAAGAGGAUAUUGGUAUUGGCUCCUAUUCUGUUUGCAAGCGGUGCAUACACACCACUACCAACAUGGAAUUUGCAGUGAAGAUCAUUGACAAAAUUAAGAGAGAUCCUUCAGAAGAAAUUGAAAUUUUAAUGCGCUAUGGACAGCACCCCAACAUUAUCACUUUAAAGGAUGUUUAUGAUGAUGGUAGAUAUGUUUACCUUGUUACGGAUUUGAUGAAAGGAGGAGAGCUACUUGACCGUAUUCUCAAACAAAAAUGUUUUUCAGAACGGGAAGCUAGUGAUGUACUGUUUAUAAUAACUAAGACAGUUGACUAUCUUCAUUGUCAAGGAGUUGUUCAUCGUGAUCUUAAACCUAGUAAUAUUUUAUACAUGGAUGAAUCAGCCAAUGCAGACUCCAUUAGGAUCUGUGAUUUUGGGUUUGCAAAACAACUUCGAGGAGAAAAUGGACUUCUCUUAACUCCAUGCUACACUGCAAACUUUGUAGCACCUGAGGUUCUCAUGCAACAAGGCUAUGAUGCUGCUUGUGAUAUUUGGAGUCUGGGAGUCCUGUUUUAUACAAUGUUGGCUGGCUACACUCCCUUUGCUAAUGGGCCCAAUGAUACUCCUGAAGAGAUAUUGCUGCGUAUAGGUAAUGGAAAGUUCUCUUUGAGUGGUGGAAACUGGGACAGUAUUUCAGAUGGAGCAAAGGAUUUGCUUUCUCAUAUGCUACAUAUGGACCCACAGCAGCGGUACACUACAGAGCAAGUAUUGAAACACUCAUGGAUAACCCACAGAGAUCAGUUGCCAGAUGAUCAGCCAAAUAGAAAUAGGACAUCACAUGUUGUUAAGGGAACAGUGGUCGCCACAUAUUCUGCCCUGACUCACAAGACUUUUCAACCAGUCCUAGAGCCUGUUGCUGCUUCAAGCUUAGCUCAGCGACGAAGCAUGAAAAAGCGAACAUCAACUGGCCUUUGAAAGUUUUAGGGUUCCUCAGCCAAACUGGAUGAAGAAAAGAUUAAAUGUGUGGCUUUUUGUCUAAUCGUAUAUCAAAGGCAUUGUUUUCUACUACAUUACUUGAAUAUUCUGAUUAAGCUUCCUUUUUUUAAGGGGGAGUGAGAUAAAAAAAAAUACAUAUAUAGGUCCACAAUUUUCAUACCAUGUUGCUUUUCAGUGUUGUCCAAGUAUUUAUUUAAGUAUAUAAUUUGUGUCUACAAAGUCCUACCAACUUCUCUACAUACUAACUUCUACAGUUUCUUUCAGAUUUCUGGUUAUGUAAAAUAAUGUAUUGGGGAAUCAUUACCAACAGUCAAGAUGCAAGUAUAAUAGUAUAAUACCAAACAAUGUCAGUAUUUUUUAACAUUAGGUCCUGAAAGGUUAGACAUCUAUUUUUUUUUUAAAGAAAGCAAAAAAGAAAUCAUAGAAUCUUGUCAUUAUGUGUAAACUCCAUUCAUUUGACUCUCUGUAGUUACUAAAAUGUAAACAUAGUAGUUUGGGGCCAGAGCAAAAAUCAUUUGUGCUCAUAUGUGAAAUCCUAAUAUGGUUGAUGCCAAAGUUUUUACAGAAGAAUUAAAUCAUAGAUAAUGUGUGCCGACAGACCUGUAUAUUGUCCAUAAAUGGCCUCAUCUAGAAAUAAAGGCUUCUGUAAAUUUUACAUCAAAUGGAAUUGUAGUACAAGUGAAGAAAUUUUAGCCAAAGGUAUUAUAUUGGUAUUAUAAUCUACUAAAUAGGUCAUAGUUAAGCCUUUGAAAAUAAAGUAUAUGGUGUUGGCACUACCUUGAUGUUAUGUAAACUGACUUUGAAGUUAACCAAUUGGAUUUAAUUAUCAUCUGUCCUUUUAUAAUGAACUACACUCUUGUUUUUUUUUUUUUAUUUCCCUGUGCUUUGAAUUACAGAGUAGCAUAUUUAUCUUUAAUCCUAUGGUUAUAUAGUUGAAAUAUUACUGUAAUGAACUUGUGAACUUAGCACACAUGAUAUAGUUAUAAUGCAUUUCAGUAAACUUUAGAUAAUACUACAUAAUAGUUAUACUUCAAGAAGAUAAACUGUCUUUUUAAAUAGGAAGUAAUAUUAAUGAUAUGCAUAAAAUUUGAACACAUUUUAAAAUAAUAUUUAUAAUGAAAAGAUCUGGCCAAAUUGGUCCUAUUAUUAAAUUUUAUGAUUCAGAACCACUGUGUAGUAUGUAUUGUUUUCUCUAAAUGAUUGAAUUUGAAAGAAUCUUUUUGUGUUGUUGGAGAAAAUACCAUUACUACUACUUUAAGUACCGUUACUACUACUGCUGCUGCUACAACUACUGACAGAAAGAACUCAUGAAUGUAAACUUGAGGAUAUUACACUUUUCUUUAGUGAAUAUAAGUGAUCUACUUAUGUGUGCUUGUUUUACUGUUUACUGGGUAUUUUAUUUUGUUUAGUUCAGAGAGGGGUGAUUACUGAGCUCUGAAGUGUACAGUUUAGGCUAGAAGACUUGUAAUUUCAGUAUUUAAUAAAAGAAACUAUACAUAAUUCUCUUUAUAAUGUAAGUGAUGUAUAUUCCACACACAAAGGUCUGUUUCAUUUGUGUGAUAUAUAAAAGUAUGUGUCCAUAUUUUGAGAUGUCUUUUGCAAUAGUUGAAAGACAUUAAAGAAAGUCUUAAUAUUACGUGGAAGAUAUUAUUUAGAAAGACACUGAGAUCAUAUCUUGUGGAUUUCUUUGCCCCAGUUCAGCUUUUUCUUUCAUUUUGCUUUAUUAAUAGAAGUACUUGUGUCAUUAUAUUGACUUAUUUUCCUCUUGUUUGUGCUGUAAUGCCUUCUUAUCAGAAUUGGUGUGACAAACUUAGAGAUGUGAUUUUGGUGUUUAACUUUUCAGAACAGAGAUAUCAUUUCUAUAUGUGCUUUUGUAGUAGUAGAAUUAGAAUAAGUAAAGUUGGAAAAUGAAAAUGAUCACAAAAUAACUUUGUCUUUACAUAAGCAAUAGCUUUUUUUUUAAGUAGAUGAUCUUAAUUUUUCAGUGAGUUUGCUCAAAAAGGUUGUGUCAUACACUCCUUUCAUGAAAGGAACAUGGUCAGAAAUAAGCAACAAACAGCAUGAUUCCUCAUCACUCAGUGAAAGUUGAAAUGGUAUAAAAGAUACAGAUGCUAGUGGAUUUUCCCAAUAAUUGUGAGUUUUCUUCUGGAAAAUUCAAACAUGGUGGCUUAACAACAGUAGUAGGGAGCGACCUUAUUAUAAGGGAAAGCUUCACAUUACACCUUCAUUCUGCAGAAGGAACCCAAGUAGGGAUGCAUAAUCGUGUCCUUUUUGGCUAGAACUCUAGAGCAACAAAAGCAGAUGUGAAUGGGACAUUUUUCAUGGGGUUUCUGUAAAUACUUAACCAAUAAAAGCAAAUCCUUUCUUUGAGACUUUAAAA